GAGGAUGCUGAAACCCACGAGGACGUUCCAUGGACAGACAAGUACGUGUGCUGUUACCGCAUUUUAGCCAAUUCUCGUCGAUUAGAAUGAAACUCAAAUGAUGAACGCCAUGGUGGAGUUGGAACCUGUUGUUUGGAACUUUACGCUCAAAUUAGACAACAGCACGUGCGCUAAUGAGACAGUAGCGGGAAAUCCAGCAGAUAGGUAUUAUAAUAUUGUUCACGUCACGGAAACCAAAAUUCUCCCUGCAUUUAUUGGAUUUUUGUGCUCCACCGGGCUUGUUGGAAAUAUUCUUGUUUUGGUGACUAUUUUAAGGUCCGCCAAAAAGACAGUGCCAGAUGUGUAUGUGGGGAAUUUGGCUGUGGCCGACCUGGUCCACGUGACAGUCAUGCCAUUCCUGAUUCACCAGUGGGCGCGUGGAGGGCAUUGGGUGUUCGGUAGCACCCUCUGCACCAUCAUCACCUCUCUUGAUAACUGCAACCAGGUGGCGUGCGCUGCAGUCAUGACCGCUAUGAGUCUGGACAGAUACCUGGCCCUUGUUCAUCCAUUUCGCCUAUUGAGUCUCAGGACCAGAUCCAGGACGAUCCGUAUUAACCUGUUUGUGUGGGCAGCAUCUUUUAUCAUGGUUCUGCCUGCCUGGGUUCAUGCCAAAGUGAUCCGCUUCAGGGAUGGGCUAGAGAGCUGUUCCCUUAACCUGGUCUCUCCCAAAGAAGUGCUCUGGUAUACACUCUACCAGACUGUGACCUCCUUCUUCCUGCCAUUGCCUCUCAUUCUCAUCUGCUAUAUACUGAUUCUCUGCUACUCCUGGAGAAUGUAUCGCAAGAACAAAAAGGCUCACAGGUAUAACACCAGCCUGCCUCGGGAGCGUGUGGUCCGCCUCACUAAAAUGGUCCUGGUCCUGGUAGCAGUUUUCCUGGUCAGUGUUGGGCCGUACCACAUCCUGCAGCUGGUUAACCUGAGCACCCCCUCAUUAGCGUACCACACAUGCUACUACCUGUCUGUAUGCCUUAGCUAUGCCGCCAGCAGCAUAAACCCCUUCAUCUACAUUCUACUGAGCGGACACUUCCGCCACAGGCUGGUCUGUCGGGAUACACCCAGCAUGCCAAGUGUGGAACGAGAAAUCCAAGCCCCCCGCUCCAGUUUUUAAGCUGAAUUCACACUGAAACACAUGUAACACUGUAAAUGGAUGAAUCAAUGCACAAGCCUUUGUUGGUCUUAGGCAAAGCAUAAUUGUUUUGGAGAGAGAUUCCUGCUUCUUGUUUUGAUUUUUAGUUUUUGGGAGGGAUUUCAUAAAGGAGGCAUGUGUUGUUUUAUAUAUGCAUGUAUGCAUGUUUUGCACCUUCUAUUCUAAGCCUAUGUCGUAAAUGUUGUGCUGUUAUUUGUUGUUUAAAGUGGCGUUUUGGCUCCCUCUACUGUUUAGUUUUAGUAAUUCACUCUACAGCAUAAGUACUGUGCGUUACUUCAUUUGAUAAGCGUUGUGCAAGAUCUAUCUAUCUAUCUAUCUAUCUAUCAAGUCCAUAAGGCCUGUAAAUCUUCAAACAUUUUUUUUUUUUUGUUUUGAACAAGGCUUUAUCAAGCCAACAUUCAAAGUUUGUCUUGACAAAGUUCACUUUUUACCUAAAAUUUACAUUAAAAUGUUUUUACUCUCAACUUUUCAAUGAUGAUUAUUUAAAAUUAUAUUUCCUUACAUUUCAAAUCAGAAAAAAAAAAACAUAAUUAAAUUCAGUUCUGAAUGGUGCACAACCCUGCCUUUAAUUGAAAUUGAAAUAAUGUUUUGAAGGGGCAUUUGGCAGUUUGCAGUAUUCAUCACUGGAAAAAAUAAAAGAUAAUAACAACUGUGUUCAGGGCACAGAAGUAGAUCUCAUUGUGGCUUUGUAAUAUAAUAUGUCUCUGUUUUAUGGUUUUAAGCAUGAUUGUAUGUGACAUUUGAAAAUGUGAUAUGUUAUUAUCUUGUGAAUGUUAUAUUGUAUGAUCAACAGGUUUUAAAGGAAAAUUCAUCAUACCAGCAAAUGUAUUUAGUUCCUAAAACUCGCUUUGUACUGUACAGAAUGUAUUGAGACACAUGAGCAUGUUUUCACUCAUCUUGUGUUAGUGCAACACCAUUGUUACACACAAGAGAAAUCAAUAUUGCUCGGGAUAAAAAGUUGCCGUCAUGCAGAAAUCCUUUAAGGGCAUUUUGGGAUUGUCUGGUGUGUACUGGACGUCAUGAUGAAGUGGCUGGCAGCUCUAAAGAGUGAGGUCACUGACCAGACGGGCAGAGAUGUAGGGAUCUGUUUGCAGCCCAGCUCUCAGAGUGGAAUCAAUUCUCUGACCAGACCAGAGACAGACAGGGACCACGUCUGACCUAAAGCAUGCCUGGCGGCAAUGGCUGGAAACUCAACCCAAUGCUCCGUCUCUCUCUCUGUUUCUCAAUUAUGCCUUUUAUGGCCUAGUAAACCAGCCAGAGGCAAAAUACCAACUGGUGUGUUCAAAUACUUGUCAAUAUUAGUGUUUCAGUGUCACCAUAGCAUGUUGAAACCAUGCAUUUCAAUAAUACUAUUCAAUACAAUAACAUACAAACUGUUGUGCUAUUGGCUUUGUCAAUGAUUCCAGUGCAGCAAUGAAGAUUCUGCCUGGGCAGCAAGGUGUUUUUACAUUUUCCUGUUUCUAUAGUAGCUCAUAUUGUGUAUAUUCCCCAUUCCAUCAGUUUUUUCUUUCUCAAACUUUUAAAUCAUCAUUCUGGUCUGUGUGCGAGGUGACUGACUACUGCUGCUGCUACUAAUCUGACAUUUGUUUGACCUUGUUUGUGACUUGCUUCAUAUGGCAUUGACCUUGUUACUUCCACCUCAGCAGUUUGGCUGCCUGUUUGUGUCAUGUUUUUCACUCACCAGCUUUCGUUUUUUAUGUUUAUU